UGUCUACAAAGUUGAAGUAAACAAAUUUAUUCCAAAAUGAUACCCAUGUUUAAGUAAUAUCAAGAAUUGUGAUCGGCUAUUAGUGAGGCUGUGUUUUUGAUGGCUCUGACACAAAUAUGUACUUAGUGAUUACGUAUGUACUUGUGCUGAAUGCCGUGUUUGAGGGUGCUGCGGUAAGCAAACGAAGCUACUCCGAUCAAUCUAUAAAGGGAUAUGUUACAGAGAGAACCUGUUGGUGGAACGAAAUAUGUAAGGAGGAGUUCCAAAUAUUAUUCAGAUGCAAGUGCCCCUCGUGGUCUUACUGCCGAAGCCCCGGUAGAUAUUACAAUGCAGUCUGCUCCAUGACUGAGACUGGUUACAUAUGGGACCAACCUAACUCUCAAUGGAGGGGCCAAUGAUAAGGGAGCACCAGUAAACCCAUAUUUUAUUUGUACAAAAAUAAGUGUUUCCUCCCAAUCAAAAAUGCCUUACAAAUCCCAUGAAAAUUUUGAAUUUGCAAAUGUGCCACGUUCUAACGAAUACCUGAGACUGAUUUGGUAGGAAAAGAAAUCAAAUUUCACCUUCUAUUUUCGUAUUUUAGCCUAAGAUGUAUU